UGCCGCCCGGCUUCGGGGCUCCAGUUGUGGAGGUGCGGCGGGACCAUGCGGGCGGCCGCCGGGGACGUGGUGGGCAUCCUCUGCCUGGUUUCUGUGGCGGCCGCGCUGGAUUUCAAGUACCACCACAGCGAGGAGCUGGAGGCGUACCUGAAGGAGGUUCAUGCCGCCUACCCCUCCCUCACCCACUUGCACAGCAUCGGGCGCUCGGUGGAAGGUAGAGACCUGUGGGUUCUUGUUCUGGGAAGGUAUCCAACCCAUCAUAAGAUUGGCAUUCCAGAGUUCAAGUAUGUUGCUAAUAUGCAUGGGGAUGAGACUGUUGGAAGAGAAAUUCUGCUCCACUUGAUAGACUACCUGGUGAGCAGCUACAGACGUGACCCGGUGGUUACCCGGUUACUCAAUAACACCCGGAUUCACAUCAUGCCAACCAUGAACCCUGAUGGGUUUGAAGCUACAAAAGUGCCUGAUUGUUAUUACUCACGAGGAAGGUACAAUAAGAACGAAGAAGAUCUGAACAGAAAUUUUCCUGAUGCCUUUGAAACGAACAAUGCCAGCAUUCAGCCAGAGACUCAAGCAGUAAUGGACUGGAUAAAAAAUGAAACAUUUGUCCUUUCAGCAAACUUGCAUGGGGGUGCCCUGGUUGCCAGUUACACCUUUGAUAAUGGUAACUCAGUUACUGGCACUUUAAAAGGCUACAGCAGGUCUCCAGAUGAUGAUGUCUUCAUUCACCUGGCAAAAACCUAUUCUUUGAACCAUGCCAGCAUGUCCAAAGGCACUGGGUGUGACAACAGACAAACCUUUCCAGAAGGCAUCACCAAUGGGUAUUCCUGGUACCAGCUGGAAGGUGGCAUGCAAGAUUACAACUAUGUCUGGGGACAGUGUUUUGAAAUUACAUUGGAGCUGUCAUGCUGUAAAUACCCUCCAGAAGACCAGCUGGAAAACUUCUGGAGAGACAACAAAGUUGCUCUGAUCGAAUAUAUAAAACAAGUCCAUCUAGGUGUCAAAGGCCAAGUUACUGAUAAGAACGGGAAUCCUAUUCCCAAUGCCAUCGUCGAAGCCCAAGGAAGGCCUCACAUCUGCCCCUACCGAACCAAUAAACAAGGGGAGUAUUAUCUCCUCCUUUUGCCUGGGACUUAUGUGAUCAAUGCUACUGUCCCAGGAUAUAAAUCGAUGCUGAAGACAGUGCAGAUCUCUGACAACACCGGGAACUUCAGUGCCUUGAAACAAGACUUUUCCUUCUCAGAAGUCUCUGUCAGGCCAACACCUUUUUCAUGUCCCAAAAUUCCCCUCUACCAACAGCUCCAGUGGACUUCAGCUGCAGUCAAACCAACCCUACACAUAUUGGUUUUAGUGACCGCUGUGCUUGUCAUUGUCAAAUAAAGGCAGGAAUGACACGAGAUGGCAAGGCACAAUCUUCCUGCACAAAUGUGGCUCUUCAGGCAAGGUAAUGUCUGUGCAAAAGAAUUUAUGUUUUAUAAACCAGAUUCUCUGAUUUACAAUCAUGUUUAUUGUAUUCUGUAAAUUACUGGGUUGACAAUCAAAUGGUUAAUUACAAUAUUGUAUUUUUCUACAUAAGCACGUUACCCUAGAGAAACUCUGUACAGCCUGUGGAGGUAACUAGAGCAUUUUGAUGCAGAAAGUACAAAUACAUUCUGAAGAAUUUGAGUUCAGAACCAUCUAGGAUUGUACUGCAAAUGUUUGAUGCAAACUCAGGUUCCUCCUUGAACAAACAGCUCACCUGCCACUCAACUGUAAGCCAUUAGCACAGUCCUAAUUUUUCAUAAUAAAGCCACUGCUAUAAAUGAGGAAUCACUUUUUUUUUAAUUUAUGUUCUUUGUUACUUGGACAGAUGAAACGACUGCAGGCUGAAAUAAGGUAAUGACCAAUAACACAGACACAGUGUAAGACAAGAAGAUGGAAAUGAAGUAUAAUUAUGUACCAAAGGGCUAUGUUGCUGGAAGCUUGAUGGUAACCUGUGCCCUCAGGCAGGAGAGAGGAACUCAGGCCUCUGAAAACUGUGUUCCUCUAAGGCUGAGCUAUGAAAAACAAGGUGGAAACAGUCACUGACAGCUUCUUACCUUUGCUGUGGUCCAUUUUUUACUCAGUUUGGUUUGGAACAGAACUGUGUACAAUUCAGAAGUUUAACAGUUUUAGCAAUGGCUUUGGAGUGUUGAGGGGUGUCUCACAGCCCUGUGACUGCAGGGCUUGGGCCAUGCCUGGCAGAUGUGCCCACAGCUGACAGGCACAAGCCAGGCCCUGUCUCAGGAGGAUGGGGUGGUGAGGGCUGAGCUCCCUGCCUUCCCCUGGCAGGGCUGCUCAUGGUAUGGGCAGGGACCCCGUGCCUGGCCAGCUCUGAGUCAUUUUCAGGGCCCUCUGAAGCCGUCCUGUAAACACAAAAUUGAGCAACCAGAGCCAGUUGGUGCCAUCUCCUCUGUUCAUUUAGAAACUUAGCUGCCAGUAAUUUCCCAGAAUAAUUGCCAAAGUAACCAGGAAAUAUUUUAUCUGUGGGAACACAAAUCUUUUCCUCUAUGCAGUAAAUAAAAAGAGGCCAGAAUGCUGGUGAUUUCUUGGUGCAGAUUUUUUAAAUGCAGCACCCUUAGUGACAGGAUACUCCUGCCUGUCCCCAGUGCCUUGCCCAGCCCAUGGGUAGAUGCUGUGCAGCCCCUGAAGCUGGAACACUUUAGAAAUGGGAACAGCAAUGCCCAUGGGGAAUGAGGGCUGCAUGUGCUAGAGCCUUUUUACCUUUCUCUCCUCCUCUUGAAGUGUUGUGGAUUGUUUACUGGUCAGGAGUAACUAAUUAUCUACUAAUGACUUCACGAAUAUUUUGUUCCUAUUCUGCCACUUAGACCAAGGAGAAUUGGAGACCCCUUGAGUUUAAAAAUCCCCCCAAAAGCACAAACUCUGUGAGAAGCCAGUGGCUCAGCAGCUGAGUGAGGGCAGGAAGAUCCUGAAUGCCACUUCAAAAGAACUAAAAAUCUGUAUGAAAACCAAGUAGCAGAACUUCUACCAAGUCAUUGACAUGAAAAAGGAGCACCAAGGAGUAUAUAUAAACAGAUCUUUAUUUAAAGCUUUUAAAUGGACCAUAUGAUCUGGUUUCCUCAGAAAAGAAAUGAAAACCAAAAGACAAACACCAUACACAUGAAAAUUCUUGUCAUAAAUGGAUCUCUACUCUGUGCGAUUUGAGUGGAUAUUCAUAGUUUUAUGGUUACUGACUGUAUGUUUAUUGGGUAUCUAUAAUGUACACACCAUGACAAGCUCUUGAAAGCGUGUGCAUCUAGGAGCAGUUGCACAAUUGCAUAGUUAAAUUCACUCUAAGCCAGUCUGUUUUAUAGCCAUUCCAGCUGCGUGUAGUCAAAAGCAAAGACUCUGCUUUUGGAAAAGCUAUUUGGUAUUUCAGGUAUUAUGUCCCUGUCAUGUUUGCAGGCCAUUAACUGAGCUCGAAAACAUGAACUGUUCUUUAAAAGUCAGGCUGUUAAGUUAAAGCACCACCUACUCGAAAGGGGAGACACCACCUUUUUAACUAUCACCAACAAAUUCUACAUGUAGAAUACACGUGCACACACACACUACAGAGAAGAAUUCAUUUGAAGCUUUGAGUGCAUCAGUGCUAAAUAAAAAUAAUUUUCAUGUUCAGUAAGUGCAAUCCAUCGUUCAGAUAUCUUAUGAUGUUUUGGUUUUUUUUUUUGCUUUGCUCUACGUUGCUUUUGCAACCUUUAAAUGACAAAGUCACUGAGGCUCAGGGCCUGCCCGGGUAUGGCUCAGCUGGGGCAGCAGGGCAGGCAGGGAGGGGAUGCACUGGCCCAGAGGAGGUGGAUGCAGAGCAGUGGGUGCAGUACCAGCAUAACCACGCUGCACCACGCACUUUAUGGAGUUCGUGGGCCACCCCACAGCCACCCACAGUCUGCACCCCCCUGCUGGCACCCUGCUGGCCAGCACAGCUCAGGAGGUGCAGGUGUCCAGCGCCCUUUCCUUUGCUGCAGGGAAGCACCACAGCAGCACAUGUCCCACCUUGGGCCCCGUGAUGCCAAACACAAGGUGCCAUCCUCCUGGUUUAACUGCUCACACACCCCUGGCUACAUUUUGCAAGUUAACACCCAAAUUAAGUUGCUUUAGCAUUAUAAACACUUACUUUCAAAGUUAUGCCCUCCCAACACAACAGCAGCUUAUAGUAAGAUGGGGAAGAAGUUCUUCACCCCUAUAUUAAUCUUAUUUAUCCAUUUCAGCUUAUUCAGUUUCAUUAUGCUUCUAAUAAAUUUACUAAACACUCUUUCAUAGAACACAAUUAUUUGACACGACUAUUCUUGAUGAUGCUCUCUGUAAGAAUGAGGAAUUGUUUUUCCCUCACACAAGUCUUUUAAGGAGAAAAAUUUGCCCCAAGUCUUGCCUGUGACUUCAUACCCACACAGACACUUCAGAGAUGGUGAGAGUCAAACAAAUUUACAACAAACUAAAUUCAAUGAUAAAACUGCACCACAGGUAGGAAAAAUGGUGGUUUUUUUCUUUACAUAAAUCAAUUUUUAAGCAUUUUUACUCCACCCUUUCUCCCUGUGUGAUCUCUAGUACAACUAAAUCAAUAUUCAAAGGGUGCUGGCUCAACAAAAAAAACAAUCUUUGCAUGGGCAAUCUCCAAUAUAAUCAGCAAUCCAGCUACUGCUGUUUCAUCUGUGCAAGUUUUUUAAAGGACAAAAGCAGCAGACUUCAUAACUAGUAAAUUGUAAGUGAAGAUGCAGGGUUAAAGUACUAAAAAGUUUUAAAAUAUCUUCAGCCCUUCCAGUCUUUUUGAGAGAUUUCAGGCACUGGAAUUAAGCAAAUUUUGCCAGCUUCCUCGCAUCCUUCACUUAGCACUUCCCCUCCCUGGUUCAAGAGUUGAAUUUCAAUACUAAUCAACAGCUACAGUGAAAGAAGUCAUAAUUAAUUAAAAAGUGAGUUUACUGUAAAAAUAAAUGCAAGUUCUUAUAGCACUUGUAUAUAACUAUGGUCUACCUGAAGUGCAUGAAGGAACAGACCAAGACAAGUACUGAACAUUCUGUACUGUCACAUUCUGUCACCAUCUGGCCACGCCUCCCUUCAGCUGUCUUGGUCCCCUGUUCUAAGGUAAAAAACCAAGUCCCAGCCCUUGCAAACCAACCUCAACACCUCUCACCACACCUCCCAGGCCAUCCCCUCUGCUGCUGCCAGCACAGCAAAGCAGUCAAGUUCUUGGCUCUUCAGAGACCCAAAAGUAUUCCAAAGGAAAACAAAUGCCAUCAAAUUGUUUCCACUCUGUUAACCAAUGUUGUUCAGGUUCAAUGCAGAAAUUAUUUUAGGGGAAGGAAAAAUGAAGACAGAGCCACAAUUCUUCCUAAACCCCUCUUAACCUGAAAAUAACCUGAAUGUUUGUAUUCUAAUGCUACAGUUUCUUCAGUAUUAUCAUGACUGUGAUUCACUAAGUAUGUGUAUUUAUCUAUCUACACACGUACCAACAGACUAAUUCAAUAAAUUAAACCUCAAAACACUUAACUGUAAGCAGAUAUUUACAAACUGCAAUAAAUUAAAAUGUGUACGAUAUUAAAUAAGGACACCUUAGAGACCUCCCCAAGCAAAACCAAUUGUCAGCUUCUGUAACAAAACCUUGCUGACUUUUGUGCCUUUAUCCAAGGCCAGAAUCACAUUUCCAGCCCAGAACAAAGAAGCUGAUGAACACCAGCCCAGUCACCACUGACCGCAUCCAUACCCAGCCUGGGUCAGGGCAACACGUGGAGGCAGAGCCAAAGAUUUCAGCCUUUUGGAGUGAAGACCCACCCUGGCCUAGGACCAGGGAUGCAGUGCUGGGGUCACAGCAUCACAUACACCCCCCAACCCCAGGCAUGCACUUUGCCCAACAGCAUCUCCUACAGGAACUGGGACAGACACUGAUACACAUCACUCCCUUAUCUGUAAGGCAUGCUUUGGGUUAAAAAAAAAAACAACAAAAAAACCCCCCAACAAACAAAACACAACCC